AUGCAAUCGCCGGGCCGGGCGCCGGCCGUCCAGGGGCGCGGCGCGCAGGCGGCCGCGCUCUCCGACGCCCUGGCCAGCCUAGGCCGGACGCCGGCCAGGAUGGCCUCCCUCGCGGCAUACGACAAAGAUGUGAGCAGUGGGAGUUAUAACCUUUCCAGUGCAACGACAGGCAGCUACUACAGUUGUGUCAGCCAGAUCACCAUAGGUUAUGACGUUGCUGGGCCUGUCGCAAUUGGGCUCACCCACUGGAAAAAUCCGUAUGUGCAAGGCGGACCCUGCCUCCCAUCAGACCUGCCACUCUUCGUCUCCAAAGAUGCAGGCAUCCCCGGGUACCACCAUUCCCUCCCUCGCAAGACGGAGCUGGCCACGCCUUUGUCUUGCCCAGCCUCGCUCUCCAUCACUCCAGUGCCUUCUUACAGCAGCAGCAGCCAGGAAACCUUGAGUCAAGACACGACAGGUUUAAGUUUAUCUAUUCAUGGGGCUGAAAAGCGUUUGCAAAUCCAUCAACGGCGAAGUGUGGCAAGCCGCCCAGGGUCACGUCGUCGCCUGCCUGUGGUCAGGCAUUCCUCACUCCCACCAGGUAGAAGGUCAAUAAAAAUGGAGGCAAGCUCUUCAGGAAUCACUAAUGGGAAAACCAAAGCCUUCCACCCAGAAGGAGGUGUGGAUUUGCAAGGCUACCAGCUGGAUAUGCAAAUACUACCUGACGGCCCAAAGAGUGAUGUGGACUUUUCAGAGAUUCUUAAUGCAAUACAAGAAAUGGCCAAGGAUGUCAAUAUUCUUUUUGAUGAAUUAGAAGCUGUCAACAGUCCCUGCAAAGAUGACGAUUCUCUCCUUCACCCUGGAAACCUGACCAGUACUUCGGAGGACGCCAGCAGAUUGGAAGCAGGAGGAGAGACAGUGCGGGAAAAAAACAAAUUAAAUGGACUUUACUUCAGAGAUGGAAAGUGUCGAAUUGACUACAUUCUCGUGUACAGAAAAUCCAACCCCCAGACUGAAAAGAGAGAAGUAUUUGAAAGAAAUAUUAGAGCAGAAGGAUUACAAAUGGAGAAAGAGUCCUCUCUAAUAAAUAGUGACAUUAUCUUUGUGAAGUUGCAUGCCCCAUGGGAAGUGCUUGGAAGAUAUGCAGAACAAAUGAAUGUAAGAAUGCCUUUCAGGAGAAAAAUCUAUUACCUGCCCCGCCGGUACAAGUUCAUGAGCAGGAUCGAUAAACAAAUAAGCAGGUUUCGGAGAUGGUUACCUAAGAAGCCCAUGAGGCUGGACAAGGAGACACUGCCAGACCUGGAGGAGAAUGACUGCUACACUGCCCCUUUCAGCCAGCAAAGGAUCCAUCAGACACUUUCGGUUACAUUGGAUCUGCCUAGAUAAUCCAGGAUAACCUCCCUGUCCUAAAG